AUGAACGCGGAGGAAGUAAAAGUUGGAUGCUUUCAAGUAGUUAUCGUGCUGCUGCUUGGCGUCAAUUAUGUUAUAGUCGCUAUGAGCCACGCGUUGCCGGUAUUUCACAAUUAUACACCUAAGUUUUAUUGCCAGGCAAGGAAUGGAACGAAACGAACGUACGGUUGCCAAGAGCUCGAUAACGUGACUGUUGCAACAAACGAGACUUCCGGUUUUAAAGAAUCUUCGAAUUUAAACUUGUGUCUUGGCGAGUACCAAUUUGUAACUGAAUUCGGAGAAAACAGCGUAGUGUCCGAAUGGGGUUUAAUUUGCGAGAAACGGUAUUUGAUGUUUCUUAGCCCGACGGUUUAUUAUAUCGGAGUUUUAAUGGGCGCUUGGAUUGCUGGUCUUUUGGCAGAUCGUAUAGGAAGGCUCCCGGUUCAAGCGAUUUGCCUUUACACUCAAGGCACGAUGGCUGUGGCAUUAUAUGUUGUGCAGAACUAUCCCACGUUUUUGGCCCUUCGAGGACUGCAAGGAGUCUUUGUUCAGGGCUUACAAAAUUCGACAUACAUUCUUUCUUUGGAACUGUUUCCUGCGAAAGCGCGGACAUUCGUUGCAUUAGUUAUGCAAAUUGCAUGGGCCAUCGGUUUAGUGCUUCUAGCUGCACUCAGUUACGUUAUACCGGAUUGGAGAAUAUUGCAAUUGGCAGUUUCGGUUCCCACUGCAAUAACCGUCCUUUAUAUUUGGAUGAUACCAGAAUCGCCAAGAUGGCUGUUGGCAAAAGGGAAAAUGACGGAAGCAGAUAUGGCAGUAGAACGUAUCACGAAAUACAAUGUCUGUUGCACCAGAUCACGAAGGGAAAAUGUUAGAACGAAGGCAAAUGUUCUCGAGGACGCGACGCCGGUUAAACCGGAAAGGAAGUCGCGUGUUUCAUGUGCAGACUUGAAGAAAUCGAAAACCGAUAGCGAAAUGAAAGAAGAAGCUGCGAAUUUGCUGAAUAGUAACACGGAUACAAUUCAACAAAAAGUUCGAAAAACAAGUUUGAGGGCGAUUUCGGAAAAUUUAGAAAGCAAGCUUUCCAAAACGGAAUUAACACCGGAGUCUACGCAGCGUGAAAAUGGAGAAAUAGAAAAGAGGAAUGUUCCAUCGAGCUCGAAAAGCCAUCGAAAGUCGAAAUCGAUAUCACAGCCGGCUGGUAAUCAACGGCUUUCCAUGAAAAAUGCGUACGAUACCGUAGAAUUACGGACACCAAUCAAAAAGGAAUCGUCGAGCAAGGAUGAGGAAAAACCGUGCAAGAAAAUCAAAGAAAAAUCUAGUAACGUGCAAACCAAGGAAGAGUUAUUAGAACUAUUUAAAUCCAUGCUAUUAAAAAAAUAUGGUAUUGUAAUGAUUUAUCAAUGGUUCACUUCUUCUAUAGCAUGUUAUGUCUUCAUGUCAUUCGUUCCGAGUUUCUCUGUCAAUAGACAUAUUACUUUUGCACUUGGAGGGAUAUUGGAAAUUGCAACAUAUGUAUUCCUCUACUUCAUAUUGUCCAGAUAUGGUAGACGAUUACCGUUGUCAGCAUAUCAAUCAAUUACCGGAGCAAUUUGCAUCUUUUUAGCAGCUAUAAUUGUCUUGUCAAAUUCUACAACUGCAAUAGAUCUCGCGAAAACCAUUAUACUCUUAUUUGGUAGAGUAGCAGUGAUGAGUACCGUUUCUUUAACAUACUUAUACACGGUUGAAAUAUUUCCAACUGUUGUACGUGGAACCUGUUUAGGCUUGUGCACCGUUUUUGCGAAAAUCGGUAAUUUGUGCACGCCGCACGUACUAUUAUCGGGAGAACAUUUUCCAGACAGCAUUCCAUUAAUAAUUAUCGGAAUGCUCUGCUUAGGGUCUGGUGUACUUGCUUUAAUUUUACCGGAAACAUUGAACAAAGUUUUACCCGAUACGACGGAGGAUUCGGAAUUAAUGACUGUAAAAAGGAGAGAAACGAGAAAUAAUGAAAAUUUAAACAAGGAGAACGUGCCUGUUAUUGAGGAUGCUUCACAAAGGGAAAUACUUAGAGCAAAACUAUUUUCGGAAGACUGGGUGGAUGCAGGAAAUGGUAUAUUAGUGAAUUUCACAGAAAAUAAGAUUUCUGAGUGA